UUUGCUCCCUCUGUAUUGUCCCGUCCAAACCCGAGUUGGACAACUUCAAGCCCCAAACCGCCUGAAACAGAGCUGCAAAGAAGCCUCCGCACGCAAACGGCCGGACAGUCGGUGGGCACUCUCCCUUCCGGCAGAUCGAAGCCAUGUUCUCAAUUGCAGCUAUCAAUGACGCCGACUCAAAGAGCCAGUGGGAACCAUUGGCCCCAACCAAAGAAGCUCGGGAAUUUCAUCUUUCACAAAUUUAUCAUGAAGGACUUCUUAAGUUAGAGUCCAAGGAAUAUGAAAAGGCUCGUGAACUAUUAGAAUCCGUGUUAAAAGAUCCUCUUAUCUCUAGUGCUCAGGUAGUGGAUAGCACGGGCGGUGAUGGUCAUCUUUUACAACUCAGGUUUUUGGCAUUAAAGAACCUUGCCUCUGUUUUCUUUCAACAAGGCCCUUCAUGUUAUGAGGGUGCUCUACGCUGUUAUCUUCGAGCUGUAGAGAUUGAUACCAAGGAUUCUGUUGUUUGGAAUCAGCUAGGAACAUUAUCAUGCUCAAUGGGCUUAUUGAGUAUCUCCCGAUGGGCAUUUGAGCAGGGGCUUGUUUGCAGCCCAAACAACUGGAAUUGCAUGGAGAAACUCUUGGAAGUUUUGAUUGCUAUUGGCGAUGAAGUUGCUUGUCUCUCUGUUGCUGAGUUAAUUUUGAGGUAUUGGCCAUCACAUUCUCGGGCUUUGCAUGUCAAAAAUACCAUUGAAGAAGUGGAAACAAUACAAUUUGCGCCAAAAGGUAUAGACAAACUGGAACCAAAACAUGCACGUCUUAAGUUCUUGGACAAGAGAAAAGCAACAGAUGAAAAUUUGGAUGAGGGCCCUUCUAAAAAAUUGAAUCAGAAUAUAGAAUUGCAUCUUGCAGAAGCUUCCUGGACUGCCCUAGCUGAUGCACUGCUGGGAAUCUUACUUCCGUUAAGUGGAAGCAAUUCUAGAGAAGGUUCUGGAAAAUUGUGUAAAUCUGGUGACAUUAGAUUAAGGAUACAAUUGCCACAUGGUUCAGAAAAUACUGUUUGGACUGUGGAAAAGAAUAGACUUACAGUCUCCUCUGUUGGUGAGGGUGUGCCAGUCAAUAAUUGUAACUCUGAAAAACCUUGUUCUUUUAGAGAAAAGGAAACAAAUGUUUGUGAAGAACAACCACAUGAGAGGCGUAGUAGUCGUCUUGAAAGGCUCAGAAGUCGCAAGCCAGGUAAAGAAGAAUUGGAUUUUGCUAAUGAGAAGAAUCUUGGUAAAGUCGUAGUUCAAAUUUUAGAAUCUUUUAUUGUGGGUAGAGUGGAAGCACAAGAUAAUAAUAAUGCUCUGAGUUCCGUAUCUUAUCCUGAUGUGCCUAAUCCUGUACAAGCCGAAAUUAAUGAUGUUACAAGAUUUGUUACAGAAAAUUCAAAAAAUUAUGGUGCUUACCACUUUGCUCACUUGCUUUUAGAGGAGAUUGCAAACAGAGCUGUUUCAUACCAGGACUCUUUUGUUAAAUUUUUGGAGUUGGAGAAAUUGACAAGGUUCUGGGGAAAAGAUAGGACACCUGAAUGCAGUCUUUUUCUUGCUGAGCUGUAUAAUGACUUUGCUUCCUGUUCUUCUGACUCCUCCAGGUCGUCUGAAUUCAUGUCUGAGGCAUGCUAUCAUCUAUGUAAAAUCAUAGAAUCUGUAGCUUUAGAUUAUCCUUACCAAAUAAGUUGUGUAUCUGGGGAUGAAGGUAACUCUUCAACAGGUAGAUCUUCAUGCAGUUCUGGAACUUCAGUUGGAACCUUUUCUCGUCUGACCACUAAAUUGCCUUUUUGGAUUCGCUUUUUCUGGAUAAGUGGGCGAGUGUCAUUUUCAGAAGGCAACAAGGCAAAAGCUCAGAAAGAAUUCUGUCUUUCCUUGUCACUUUUUAAUGAUAAAGAAAAUAUAAAUAGUCCUCUUGGGUCUAUUUUCUUGCCCCACUGCAGUGUUUUUAAAGAGUUGACUGUAAAUAGGAUUCUUCAUGAGAUUAAUUUGUUGGAGGUCAACUUCUUGUUGGAGGAUAUAGGCAAGAUGAUUGAGAAAGAAAUGUAUCUUGAGUGUGUAGAUUUGCUAGCUCCUCUUCUGUUUUCUGUGAAGGACAUUCACCUUGAUUUGUUAUGUGUUACUGAGAAAAAAGGUGAAGAGGUUGAUUCAGUUGAAUUAUCAGCAAUAGAUGUUCUAAUUAAAGCAUGUGAAAAGGUAAAGCGAAUGGACUCUGAGGUGUUCUUGAGUUGCCACAGGAGGAAGUUGCAGAUACUCCUGGCUGCAGCUGGCAUAGGUGAAUGUCUUGCUUCACGUAAAUCUAUUUACAAGAUUCCAGGGUUACAACCACUUCCUGCUUCUGGAACAGAAUCAAAUGGGAAUUCAAGAAAACAUUGGAAUCACUUGGUUGCAGAAGAAGUGAAGGAAAUCUCUCAAUGUGCAUCACACAUGAAGAACUUCAUUGAUCCAUCUGGAAAUUCUAAUGUUUCUCCACUGGGAAUCAUUGCUGAUAUUCAGUCUUUGCUGCUGGGACUCAUGUGCAAUAUUGCAAGCACAUACUUCUCCAGGAAAACAUCUGGACUUGUUUCAGAUCAAUUUGAACAAAUACAAAGAUACUCCUUUCUUGAUGCUGCCAUUGCAUUCUGCAAACUUCAACAUCUGAACCCUAAUGCCUCUAUCAAAACUCAAACUGAAUUGAUCGUGGCAAUGCAUGACUUGCUCGCAGAGUAUGGGCUUUGCUGCGCAAGUGGACAGGGUGAAGUGGAGGAAGGAACAUUUCUUAAAUUCGCAAUAAAGCAUCUAUUGUGUUUGGAUAUGAAACUUAAAUCAAACUUUAAUUCAUUAAAUAAGGGACUAGAAACAAGGCAAAGCAAUGAGCAGCUUUUUCAUAGUACUCAUGUCGGAACAUCUUUGGAUAAAUCAAAGCCAGACAUGGUAAAUGUUGCAACAGAUGGAAUGAGAGUUGCCAUGGAUCAGCCUAAUAUAGAUAAAGGCAAUAUUGAAGGGAAGGAUUCUCUAGAAGGAAUGCCUUCCAAAGGCCUUUUUUGUCAUGAGAGUCCAGAGAACGAGCAUGCUGGACUUGGUUGUAGAAAUUGCUGUAGUGACAGGAGCAAUGGUGUUUCCAAUAGUGGAGAAAAAGAAAAUAGUCAAUUAAAUGAACUUGGAAGUGAACUAAGUGAAGAGGAAAGAGAGGAGCUUGAACUAGGAAUUGAUAAUGCUUUGGAUCAAUGCUUUUUCUGUUUGUAUGGUUUAAAUCUUAGAUCAGAUUCAUCCUAUGAAGACGAUCUAGCGUUGCAUAAAAACACUAGCCGUGGCAAUUAUCAGACAAAAGAGCAGUGCGCUGAUGUUUUUCAUUAUAUACUGCCAUAUGCAAAGGCGUCAUCUAGGACUGGAUUAGUAAAGCUUCGGAGAGUGUUAAGAGCAAUACGCAAGCACUUUCCACAACCCCCAGAUGAUGUUUUGGCUGGGAAUGCAAUAGAUAAAUUCCUAGACGAUCCCAAUCUGUGUGAAGAUAAACUCUCAGAGGAGGCUGGAUUUGAUGGGUUUCUUGAUUCUAUCAUGAAGAUCAUAUUUCCUGAUGGGCUUAAACAACUGAAGACAGCUUCAUUAGGGAGCUCUGACCCAUAUUUGGAGGUUUAUUGCAACUUGUAUUAUCUCCUUGCCCAGUCAGAGGAAAUGAGUGCAACUGACAAAUGGGCUGGUUUUGUACUCACCAAGGAAGGGGAAGAGUUCGUAGAGCAGAAUGCAAACCUCUUUAAAUAUGAUUUACUAUACAAUCCUUCACGCUUUGAAAGUUGGCAACGGCUUGCUAAUAUUUAUGAUGAGGAGGUGGAUUUACUGCUAAAUGAUGGUAGUAAGCAGAUAAACGUUGCAGGUUGGAGGAAGAAUGAAACACUGCCUUACAGAGUUGAGACAAGUCGUAGGAGAAGUAGGCGAUGUCUAUUAAUGACUUUGGCUUUAGCAAAGACACCAGUUCAACAGGGUGAGAUACAUGAGUUGUUGGCAUUAGUGUACUAUGACGGCCUUCAAAAUGUGGUUCCUAUCUAUGAUCAGAGAUCUGUUGUACCCUCAAAGGAUGCAUCAUGGACAAUGUUUUGUCACAACUCAAUGAGACAUUUUAAGAAGGCUUUUGCCAACAAGAAAGAUUGGUCUCAUGCAUUUUACUUGGGUAAACUUUGUGAAAAGCUUGGAUAUUCACGUGAGACAUCAUUUUCAUAUUAUGACAAGGCUAUUGAUUUGAAUCCCUCAGCAGUAGAUGCUGUGUACAGGAUGCAUGCUUCACGUUUGAAGUUACUUUGUACAUGUGGCAAACAAAAUAAAGAGGCUUUAAAGGUUGUUUCGAAGUAUUCCUUUAGCCAAUCAACAAAGGAAACUGUCAUGAAUAUAUUUAGUAGAGUGAGUCCUGAAAUUCUGGAGUCCCCAAUGGAUGUUGAGGGUAAAAGAAUCCAAAUCAAUGCUGAGGAAAUGACACAAGCAGAUUCACAUCAGUUGGAAGAAGCGUGGCAUAUACUCUACAGAGAUUGCCUUUCUGCCCUUGAAAUUUGUGUGGAAGGAGACCUCAAACAUUUUCAUAAGGCCAGAUAUAUGCUAGCUCAAGGGCUGUACAAAAGGGGUGAGAGUGGGGAUUUGGAGAGGGCAAAGGAUGAGCUUUCCUUUUGCUUUAAGUCAUCUCGCUCUUCCUUUACAAUUAAUAUGUGGGAGAUUGAUAGCAUGGUCAAAAAAGGAAGGCGCAAAACACCAAUGCCUUCUGGGAACCGAAAGCUCCUUGAAGUACACUUACCAGAAAGCUCUCGUAAAUUUAUCACUUGCAUCAGGAAGUAUAUUCUGUUCUAUUGGAAACUGCUGGAGGAGAUGGGAGAUGUCUGUACACUUGACCGGGCUUACAUUUCUAUUCGAACCGAUAAGAGGUUCUCCUUGUGCCUUGAGGAUCUCGUUCCAGUGGCUCUUGGGAGGUAUGUCAAGGCCCUAGUUUCAUCCAUGCAUCAAGCUGAGAAUGUUGUCUCUGGUGCUGCAAUAAACUCUGAGCCUCUUCUGGAAAAAUUUUUCUCCUUGUUCAUGGAACAGAUGAAUUUAUGGUCAGAUAUAAGCUAUUUGCCUGAGACUGUUAGCUCAGAAUUAUCAGAGAGCAGCUUAUAUGGAUAUAUCUACCAAUAUAUCCAGUUAUUGGAGAGGAACAUCAGGGUGGAAGUGCUGGAAGGAAUAAGUGAAAAGAUACGGAAGCGUUUUAAGAACCCAAAGUUGUCAAAUAGUAAUUGUGCUAAAGUUUAUAAGCAUGUCACUGUUGCUUGGUUUAGGUCACUUGUUAUUAGUCUGACCUUAAUCACUCCAUCACAUUCUGGGCUCUCUAGUGAGAUCCAAGUCCCUAAUCUGCCAGGUACUGCUUCAGAGAGCUGCCAGCUGCUUUGCAUUGAUCUGCAAAAAAAUGAAAUGUGGAAUUCUUCAUCAGAGGACCCAAACCAUCUGAAAAAUCUUGAAACUAAAUGGGAUGCUUUAUUGUCAAAAUGCAAAAAUGUCAUUGUAAAGAAAGCUUCCGUGCAAGAUCAGGAGACUGCUGCCACUCUGCUUAGAGGUUGUUACAGCUUCUGCAGGGACACCAACUGUGCUAUGCUCCCAUCAGGUGUCAACCUGUAUGUGGUGCCUCUUCGGUUAGCAUCUGCUGGACACUUCUACCUGGGCAUGGAUGGUGUCAGCGUUCUUGAUUUGAAUAAUCCAAGGAAGCUUCUCUUGUGGGCCUACACACUGUUACAUGGCCGUUACACAAGCAUCUCGACAGUAAUAAAGUACUGUGAAGAAAAUGUCAAGUCAAAGAUGAAAAAGGGACCUGGAAGUUUGUCAGUAGCCUCAAAUACAAGUUUACCUGCUGCUGCUGCUGCAACUUCUCAUACAGGAUGUGGGAAAGAUGGAGCAAGCAAAUACAGUGAAGCAGAGGCUACUGCUCACACAUCAACCUCUACUGCUUUACCCAAAAAUGAGAAUGCUGAAAAUCAGGCACCGGCUUCAUUGCCCAAAAGUGAGACCGUAAGCAUGAUCUCUCCUUUGCCCGAAGGCAACUUGACAAGGAGCCCAAGCAUAACCGGUGAGAAUCAUAUGAUUAUGUCUCCACAUCUGCUUCCGUGCAACACUGUUGUUGCUGAAAGGAGUAUUGUGGAUACACAAGAUGGAGCAGAUCCCGGUAAAAGCUAGACUCCAUUUGCCAUAUCAGAUUUUGCUUUUAGACUGUUGUCAGCCAAAGCCUCUGUUGCUAACAUAUGACCACUUUCCAAUCUUGAGGUGACACGCAUAAAUAUAUAAAUUUUUGUCACUUUGUUAAUGUAUAUGUUCCCAGAUCUUAUUGGGGCAUGCCUUUGCAAGUGACAAGCCUAUAAAUACAGAGUGACAGAUACCUUGUCUAGGAAGGUUUUCUUCCACUUUUCCAAGUAUGUAUAGAACGCAUAAUAUAAUGAGCCGGCAUGAAAGAGGAUUAUUCCAUCUA